AUGCUGACCAACUCAAUCAAGUUACUUGCUAGUGAUGUUCAUCGUGGAUUGGCCGAACUAGUGGCCCGGAGAUUGGGAUUGAAGCUCACACCCUCUGAAAUUAAGAGAGAUUCGACAAACGAGGUUCAGUUUUCCAUUGGUGAGAGUGUGAGAGAUGAAGAUAUUUUCAUCAUUUGUCAAAUUGGAUCUGGUGUUGUCAAUGAUCGAGUUUUGGAGUUACUCAUUAUGAUCAACGCAUGUAGGACUGCCAGUGCUCGUCGUAUCACGGUGAUUUUGCCUAACUUUCCUUAUGCCAGACAAGACAGAAAGGACAAAUCCAGAGCUCCUAUUACUGCUAAACUUAUGGCAGACAUGCUCACCACUGCUGGUUGCAACCAUGUCAUCACCAUGGAUCUCCAUGCGUCACAGAUCCAGGGAUUCUUCGACGUUCCAGUGGACAACUUGUAUGCUGAACCCAGUGUGGUUAGGUAUAUCAAGGAGAGAAUAAACUACAAGGAUGCGAUUAUAAUCUCACCCGAUGCUGGUGGAGCCAAAAGAGCCGCAGGAUUGGCUGACAGAUUGGAUUUGAACUUUGCAUUGAUUCACAAGGAGAGAGCAAGAGCAAACGAGGUAUCACGUAUGGUUUUGGUCGGAGAUGUCACCGAUAAAAUCUGUGUGAUAGUAGACGAUAUGGCUGAUACUUGUGGAACUUUGGCCAAGGCUGCCGAAGUUCUCUUGGACAACAAUGCCAAGGAGGUGAUUGCCAUUGUGACUCAUGGAAUUUUGUCGGGAAAUGCCAUCAGUAACAUCAACAACUCCAAGUUAACUAAGGUCGUGUGCACGAACACGGUUCCAUUCGAAGAAAAAUUGGAGUUGUGUCCCAAACUCGACACCAUCGAUAUUUCUGCCGUGAUUGCCGAGGCGGUCAGACGCCUUCAUAACGGUGAGAGUAUCUCGUACCUCUUCAAAAAUGCUCCUUUAUAA